AUGAGUGACCGAAGGUACGGGUACUCGUACCCACACAACCAAGAUGCAGGGUAUUACAACGGACCGCCGGUGAUGGCGCCGCCGCAGUACGCCCCGCCGCCGAGACGGCAGACGGGAUUCCUCGAAGGAUGCCUGGCUGCUCUGUGCUGCUGCUGCCUCGUCGACGAGUGCUGCUGCGACCCGUCCAUCAUAUUCGUGAGCUGA